GGGGGACAAGCGCCCUGCGGGGGUUGAUAAUCUGAAAAUUGUUGUUUGGUGUUUCAAGAAAAUGCAGGCGGCUGAUGCAGGCUUAUCGAUUGGCAGCCGAAAAAGAAUGGACAAGCGCCAACGGGUCUGAACUUUUUCUCGCUGGAGCUUCAUUCUGUGGCCUCACAACCGCCAGACGUGAGGUUCGGAGAGAGGACACUUGUUUUCCGCCUGCCUUGGAAGGGAAAGAAGACAAGGGAAAGAAAAGAACAAGCAUUUUUCUCACCCCGAGACUCCAGUACCGAGCUUUUUGCACAAGGGUUCUGGAUUUUCCUCGAUGUUUCCAUCGCUGACAGCGGAUCGUAAUUUCGCUUACAGCCUGGCUGGGGGGCAAGUUCAGCGAAGCUCAAGUCCACCGACAUCCAGAACUUGCCGGAUGUAUGCCGAGAUAGGGAAGGCGGCGGGAGUUGAUUACACGUGGGAAAACUGUCGUGAGAGGGCAAAGGUCGAGUUGCGUUGCAGCGAAGGAGGGGAACGACGAAUCGAUGAAGGAAAUGAAGACCAGCCCAGAUUCAAUAUAGUUGCCGAUCCCACGCAGGAAGAAAACCAAGGCAAAAGCCGGGCAUGGCUUAGACGGGAGCGAGAUGGAUUCUCAGCCGCUUUACAAGUGUGCCGCAUUCCGAGUUGGGAUUCGAGCCUUUUUCGUAAAAUGUCGCAGGUGUCUGGAGUCUCUCCACACAAGUUGUUACAAACCGACACCGGGCGUGCGGGAAGCGGUCGUUCAAGUUGUUUUCAAAAUUCAAAAGAGGAUUACCGUCCGGCCUCGUCCUUUCCACGGCAUCUGAUUUAAGUUGUGCUGUCCUGCCCAGUGAGCCAGUAUAAGUGGGAUAUGACCAAGGCACAGCAGCACUCUCU